GCGGCGGCGGGGCCGGGGCGUCGUCAUCUGCAUUCACAUGGGGGCGGCGCCGGCCUCCGCCUGAAGCCCCCGCCCGGGGAGACACAAAACCCACGCGAGGCGCGGGGUGCCGCGACCCCCGCCCCGCUGCCGCCGCCAUGAAUUCGGCGGAGCAGACCGUUACGUGGCUGAUCGCCCUGGGCGUGCUGGAGUCGCCCAAAAAGACCAUCUCCGACCCCGAGGGCUUCCUCCAGUCCUCCCUGAAGGACGGGGUGGUGCUCUGCCGCCUGCUCGACCGCCUGCUCCCGGGCACCAUAGACAAAGUGUACCCGGAGCCGCGGACGGAGGGCGAGUGCCUGAGCAACAUCCGCGAAUUCCUGCGGGGCUGCGGUGCCUCCCUCCGCCUGGAGACUUUUGAUGCAAAUGACCUGUAUCAGGGACAGAAUUUCAGUAAAGUUCUCAGCUCUCUCGUGGCUUUAAAUAAAGUGACUGCAGACAUAGGGCUGGGCAGUGACUCUGUAUGCGCACGUCCCUCAUCUCAUCGGAUAAAAUCUUUCGAUUCUCUGGGAUCCCAGUCUUCACAUAGUAGAACUUCAAAACUCUUUCAGGGACAGUAUCGGAGUUUGGACAUGACAGAUAACAGCAACCAUCAGUUGGUGGUGAGGGCAAAAUUUAAUUUUCAACAGACAAAUGAAGAUGAACUUUCUUUUUCAAAAGGAGAUAUUAUUCAUGUUACAAGAGUGGAAGAAGGAGGCUGGUGGGAAGGAACUCUAAAUGGCAAAACAGGGUGGUUUCCAAGUAACUACGUACGAGAAAUAAAAUCAAAUGAAAAACCGGUCUCCCCCAAAUCAGGUACAUUGAAGAGUCCACCUAAAGGCUUUGAUACGUCUGCAAUUAACAAAAGCUAUUACAAUGUG